UGCUGGUGCCGGUGCCGGUGCUGGCCGGGCGCUGGCCGUGCCGCCAUGGCCCUGCGGCGGGUGCUGGGGCUGGGGGCGGCCCUGGGGCGGCGGGGCUGCUGCUCCAAGCGCCCGCUGCCCCCCGACUUCGUGGAGGCGCUGAGGGCCGUGGUCGGGGACCCCAACGUCUCCACGGCCAUGGCGGUGCGCGAGCAGCACGGGCACGACGAGUCCAUGCACACCUGCGCUCCCCCGGACGCCGUGGUGUGGCCCCAGGCGGUGGGGCAGGUGCAGGAGCUGGCGGCGCUCUGCCACCGCUGCCGCGUGCCCAUGGUGCCCUUCGGCACCGGCACCGGCCUCGAGGGCGGCGUCAACGCCGUGCAGGGCGGCGUCUGCUUUGACCUGAGCCGCAUGGACGCCAUCACGGAGCUGAGCCUCGAGGACUUCUCGGUGGCGGUGGAGCCCGGCGUCACCCGCAAGGCCCUCAACGGCCACCUGCGUGGCACCGGUCUCUGGUUCCCCGUCGACCCCGGGGCAGACGCCUCGCUGUGCGGCAUGGCGGCCACAGGCGCCUCGGGCACCAACGCGGUGCGCUAUGGCACCAUGCGGCCCAACGUGCUGAACCUGCGCGUGGUGCUGCCGGACGGGCGCCUGCUCCACACCGCCGGUCCCGGGCGCCAGGCCAGGAAGCGGGCGGCCGGCUACGACCUGACCUCGCUCUUCGUGGGCUCCGAGGGCACGCUGGGCUUCGUGACACAGGCCACGCUGCGCCUGCACCCCCUGCCCGAGGCCACCGCUGUCACCACGGCCACCUUCCCCAGCGUGCGGGCGGCCGUGGCCUGCACCGUCCAGGUGCUGCAGGCUGCCGUGCCUGUGGCCCGCAUCGAGUUCCUGGACGAGGUGAUGGCGGGUGCCUGCAGCCGCUUCAGCGGGCUGGAGCUGCCCGAGGCGGCCACGCUCCUCCUGGAGCUCCACGGCUCCCGGCACGGCCUGGCCGAGCAGCGGCAGCAGGCGGAGGAGAUCGUGCGGCUGAACGGCGGCUCCGGCCUGGCCUGGGCGGAGGAGCCGGAGGAGCGCGGGCGGCUCUGGGCCAUGCGCCACAGCGCCUGGUACGCUGCCCUGGCCCUGCGGCCCGGCUGCCAGGGCUACUCCACGGACGUCUGCGUGCCCAUCUCCCGCCUGCCCGACGUGGUGGUGGAGACCAAGCGGGACCUGCAGGACUCCGGCCUCACCGGCCCCAUGGUGGGACACGUGGGUGACGGCAACUUCCACUGCCUCCUCAUCUUCGACCGCCAGGACCCGGCCGAGUCCCGGCGCGUCCACGCCUUCACCCAGCGCCUGGGCAGGCGGGCGCUGGCGGCGGGGGGUACCUGCACCGGGGAGCACGGCGUGGGGCUGGGCAAGCGGGCGCUGCUGCUGGAGGAGCUGGGCCAGGAGGGGAUGGACACCCUGCGCCGCAUCAAGGCCGCGCUGGACCCCCACAACCUCAUGAACCCCGGCAAGGUGCUCUGAGGGGCACCGGCACCCAGCUGGCAGGGGGGUGGCGGCAGCCCCCCGGGGUCAGGCCAGGGGUGGCCACGCUGCCCUGCCAGCCACCCUGUUCCCCCAACCCCAGCCCUGUGGGUCAGGGACCCCCAACCUCACAAUAAACCCUUUUGCACCCCCA